UCGGAGCCAUCAUGGGCUUCUUCAAGUGCACAGUGCUAUUCCUCUUCAUUCCACUGAUCUCUAUCCAAGGAUAUUCACUCUUCGGUAACAUUAACAAAUUACCGAAAGCAAUAUCCGAGAAGUUGGACGAGUGCUGGUACUUCUACAAGGCUAUCUUCGACAAGGACUACAACGGUAGGGAGGAGCCCCACAAGCGUGCAGCAUGGGAGCAGAAUCUGCUCAAGAUUUACGAGCAUAACUUGAUGGCUGCUGCAGGCCAUCACAGCUAUAUACUUCGAGACAAUCAUAUUGCAGAUCUUGGUUCGAGACAGUACCACAAAGAAAUGGUGAAAUUAAUACCCAGUCGAAAAAGACGCGCCAGUGAUGACGAAAUGGUGGGUGCCGUCCACCACGAUCCCCGAUUAAUUCCAACUCACUUAGACUGGCGCAAAUUGGGCUUCAGAACAGGACCGGUAAAUCAACGUGACUGCGGUAGUUGCUACGCUUACUCGAUAGCCGAGAGCAUCGCGGGUCAAAUUUUCAAGAAGACACGGUUAUUAAUACCACUGAGUGCACAGCAGUUGGUCGAUUGCAGUACCAUUACUGGAAAUCUCGGUUGUACCGGUGGUUCGCUCAGGAACACAAUGAGAUAUUUCGAGAGAGCCGGUGGUCUUAUGGCUCAGGUUAAUUAUCCGUACAAAGCCAGGGAAAGUCAGUGCAAAUACCACGAAGAUCUGAGUGUCGCUAAUAUAAGUUCGUGGGCAAUUCUGCCAGCCCGAGACGAGCGUGCACUGGAGGCUGCUGUUGCGACUAUUGGACCCAUUGCAACCUCCAUAAAUGCCAGUCCCAAGACAUUUCAACUCUAUCACACGGGCAUUUAUGAUGAUCCGCUGUGCAGCUCCGAUAACGUCAAUCACGCUAUGCUCAUCGUUGGCUACACACCCACUUACUGGAUUUUGAAAAAUUGGUGGGGCGACCAGUGGGGUGAGAAUGGAUACAUGAGGAUCAGGAAGAAUGUAAAUCGAUGUGGAAUAGCUAAUUAUGCCGCGUACGUACGCGCCGAACUAGCGUGUUAACCAUUUUUUUCAGGUUUUGUAUUUUUUUCCAAAUAUGUAAAUAUGUAAAUUAUAAUUUCUGCUUUUAUAUUCAGUUGAUUAAA